CGAGAACUCUGUAAACUUACGAGGAUAAGAAAUUUCUUUUUUCUCUGUAAAUGGUUGAUGUACUGAUAAUUUCCGCAUAAAUAAAUAUUCAACCCUAAUUUAAAGAGCUUCUAUACUGCUACACACAGACAAAACUGCACAUUCCUUUCUUUCUUGACUAUGACCAUUUGACAUUUGACUACACCAAUUUCUUGGCGCCCAAAACCCACAUCCAUUCUUGUUUCAAAAUCCCCCAUCUCUUGUAACAAUGGCUGGUGAAAUCACAACCUCCCAUAGGAGACAACCCAUCAAACAUACAGUUGGAAAUGGUGCUGUACAAAGAAGAAGACAGCAUGCGGUUUCAGUGGCUAAACAAAGAAGAGAAGCAAUGUUUCAGACGAAACGAUUGUGUAGAGAGGGUGUUCGUGUUGAUAUGGAUGUUGUCUCUAAUGGUGACAUGAUGAUUGAAGAGGAGCCGUUGAUUUUAGAGGCAAAAACAACUUCUGCUGUUGAAGAUUUGAAGGUUGCAGUUUCUUUAAAGGGGAAAGAAGCGGUUUCAGAAAAGGUGAAUGCUCUUCGUGAAUUAAGGCAGUUAUUGUCUAGACCUGACUUUCCUUUUGUUGAAGUUGCUAUUAAAUGUGGUGUGAUAUCCCUACUUGCUCAAUGUCUUUCGUUUGGCUCUGAGGAUGAGCAGUUGCUUGAAGCAGCUUGGUGUCUAACAAACAUAGCUGCUGGAAAACCAGAAGAAACGAAAGCUUUGGUACCAACAUUACCAUUACUCAUUGCCCAUCUUGGAGGAUGUAGCUCAUUAUCUGUUGCGGAGCAAUGUGCAUGGGCAUUAGGAAAUGUGGCCGAUGAAGAGGAGUUGAGAGAUCUUCUCCUUUCACAAGGAGCAUUACCUCCUCUAGCUAAAAUGAUGUUACCAGAUGACGGGUCAACAGUCAGAAUAGCUGCUUGGGCGUUAUCAAACUUAAUCAAGGGAGCAGGCCCAGAGGCUGCAAUAGAACUCAUAAAAGUUGAAGGUUUGGUGGAUGCUAUACUUCGACACUUGAAGAAAUCGGACACUGAAUUAACAACGGAAGUAGCAUGGGUGGUUGUUUAUCUAGCAGCUCUUUCAGAUGUUGCUGCAAGUGUGCUAAUGAAGACUGACCUUAUUCAAGUUCUUGUGGACCAGUUGGCCGCCUCAAAUAGUUUGCAUUCACUCAUUCCGCUCCUUCGGAGCUUAGGUAAUCUGAUGGCCGGUGAUGCUUACACCACAAAUGUUCUUGUUCCUGGACAGGAAAUUACAGAUAGUAUUAUCCGUUCAUUGAGCAAAUGCUUGAAGAGUGAGCAUCGUAUUGUGAAAAAGGAAGCAACUUGGGUGCUAUCAAACAUAGCAGCGGGCUCAAUUGCUCACAAGCAACUGAUAUGCAAGAGUGAAGCCUCAGCGUUAUUAUUGCAACUUCUUGCUGCGGCGCCAUUUGACAUAAAAAAAGAGGUAGCAUAUGUUCUGGGCAACCUCUGUGUGGCUCCUGCUGAUGGGUCUGGUAGACCAAACUUAUUAUUAGACCACCUGGUUCCAUUUGUUAGAAAUGGAUGUCUUCGUGGUUUCAUCAAUUUGGUGCGGUCAGCUGAUCUUGAAGCUGCACGAAUUGGACUUCAUUUCAUUGAACUGGUGUUAAGAGGGAUGCCGAAUGGUGAGGGCCAGAAGCAUGUGGAAGUAGCAGAUGGAAUAGAUGCAAUGGAACGGUUUCAGUUUCAUGAAAAUGAAGAUCUUAGAGUGAUGGCCAAUAUGUUAGUCGACAGUUAUUUUGGUGAGACGUAUGGACUCGACGAUUAGAAAAAAAGAAUAGAUUGAUGGAUUGAUUAUUUGUGUAGGUAAAGCAUAGGUUCUCACUCUUGAUGGUUGGAUACAACUUCUAGUCUAUGUUAGUUUUUCGGGUACAUAUGGAUGUUUAGUGCGUUGACAGCGUUAGGGUUGGUUGUAUACUAAAAAAAGAGUUGGUUUUUUAUAGUUAGGGGAAUGUGAACCUUUUUACUAUCGGAAAUCAUUUUAUUACCCAUAUAUUAUUUAUCAGAAUAAGAGUGUUUGUUUGUUA